AUGACCAAGCUCGAGCAAGUGUCCAGUAACAGAGUAUCCACAGGAACUCUGACGAAAUACGCCUUUGAGUCUACGUCCUUGGGAGGUCUCAAAACGAAUGUCAACGUUUUCGUACCAUUUACGAACAAACCUGCUUCCCCCGUUCCCGUCCUAUUCUACCUUGCCGGUCUGACCUGUAAUGAAGAUACUGGAGCGCAAAAGGGCGGACUAUUCAACAAGGCUGGAGAGGAAGGUUUGGCACUGGUCUUACCUGAUACUAGUCCGAGAGGUGCUGGGAUCGAGGGAGAAGAUGAUGAUUGGGACUUUGGAACGGGAGCUGGAUUUUAUCUCAAUGCCACGGCGGACAAGUGGAAGAAGCAUUACAACAUGUACGACCUUGUCGUUGAAGAGAUACCAAAGGUUCUCAAGGAAGCAGACUUGGGACUGGACUUUGACAAAGUCUCCAUCAUGGGUCAUUCCAUGGGAGGUCAUGGCGCUCUGACAUUGUACCUGAAGAAUCUAGACAAGUACACAUCCGCCUCUGCGUUUGCUCCAGCCUGUAAUCCAUCUCGAACUCCAUGGGGGACCAAAGCAUUCCAAAACUACCUCUUGACACGUACUCGAUCCAGUCCUCCAUCCGAGUGGACACCAUACGACGCGUCCCAUCUUCUCAGCUCGAUCGAUGCGCCCAAAGGCUCUCUUAGGAUGUUGGUAGAUACGGGCUCAGCGGAUGAUUUCCUAAAGAAGGGUCAAUUGGAACCUGAUGCUCUGAAAGAAGCCGCGAAAGCGUCCGGCAGAGGAGAAGAUGAAGUUCAGAUCAGACUCCAAGAUGGAUACGAUCACUCGUAUUACUUUAUCUCGACGUUCAGUCCAGAGCACAUUGCGUUCCAUGCGAAACACCUCAAGGCUUAA